UAUUACAAGAUGGCCGCCAUAUCAAGAAUAUUUUCUCGCAGAUUUUUAACAAAUACCAGCCGUGUUUUCAUAUCUACAACAGCUAGAAGUCUUGUCAAUGCAGACACCGUUACGCACACUGGUCAAGUGUUUGAGAAAGAUGAUUACAAGAGAGUCCGUUUUACGAACAGAGAAAAAACAGUAAAUGAACAGUUUGCUAUUGAUCUCAUUGAUGAGGAACCACCUAUUGAGGUUGACUCCAGGGUGGUUUGGUGUGAUGGUGGUCAUGCUGCACUUGGCCAUCCAAAAGUUUAUAUCAACUUGGAUCAAGAAGGACCACAUGCUUGUGGGUACUGUGGCUUGCGAUAUGUGAUGAAACAUUGAUAUAGGAUUACUUUAGCUAACUCAAAAAAAAUGUUGUAUAUAUGAAAAAAAAUAUUUGUUUAAAUAAAAUGGAAUUCAUGUUGAGAUGUAGUCUUGCUUGUGAGACAAUUUUGGAUCAAUCACAAAUUAAAGAUUUUAAACUGCUACCUAUAUAUAACCUGUUCUUCC